AUGAGUAGUAAAGAUUGGUAUUUCGCCGACGUCGACUCGGACAAUUAUGACGAGGAUUCGGACGAAGAUUUUAUUCUUCGUGAAGGAGACGUUCCCCCCGAUACUAGCGAUACAUCAGAAGAAGAAUCUGAUGACAACUACGAGACGGAUGAUGAUUUCGAAGAUGAUAAUAAUUUCGAUGGACUCGCUUCUUCUGAAUAUGAUAACAAUCAAAAUGAUAGUCGAGGGGAUAAAAAAAAAGGAAAGCAAGUUAGUAGAAAAACUGGAGGUCGUAAAAGAUCAAACGGGAUCAAUAAUGGCGAGAAUGAUACAAAUGAGCCUGGAUCUCAUGUGUCCGUGAAUGAUAUCGACAGCUCUAACUGCGCGGAGAGUUCUUUCGAUGUUUCUUUUCUAAAUGACAUGAAUAGUUCUUUCUCCAAUGGAACUGAUGAAAUUCGGGGAGAAUUGAACGGAGGUCAUCCGAGCACCAAUGAGACCGUCAACAGUUCCUUUCCAAAUAGUAUGAAUGACAAUGUCAAUGGUAUUGGUUCCAAUGGUUUCAAUGACACAAAUGGCGUAAAUGAUACAAACAAGGUGCACGAGCAGGGAUCGCCAAGAGAUAAAUCGCACGGACGAAGUCGACGAACGUCACCUUCGUUAGAUAAUUCACAGGCAUGCUUUGCGAUACGCAUAUCUAAUAAUAAGAGAUGA